CUUAAGCCUCCCACUGCCAACUCCUGCUGCCUUGCUGCAGACUCUGUCGAGUCUCUUCAGAGCAAGAUCAGCUAUGUGUCCGGAGCAGACCUUUUUCCUCCGGUGGGAACUUGGUCCUGAGAGCUGUGGGACUGCCGCAGGUGCCCGUCUUCCUUAUACGCGGCCCGCCCCGGGUACCACCGCCAGCAUGCGGGACCCUGCGCGUGUGCCGCGUCGCUUUCCCAGAACGGAGCAUGCGUAGCCGACUCCGCCGCUCCGCCGGGUGUUUGGGUACAGUCGGGAUGGUGGCUGGCGAGGCCCCCGCAAGACGGGGCUGGGGGCCGCGGAGGCUCAGUUCCCCACUUCUGGAAGCCAAUCCACUUGGUCCUUGGUCCUCUCAGCUCCCCAGCACAUUUAAAUAUGACAGCUGCAACCCGCCUGGUAGUUUCUUCUUGGUCCCGCAGGAGAAGACUGCCGGCCUCCUUCGUCCUGACGCACACUGGACGCCCUCUGAUGGCCACUGAGUUUUAUACGCUUACCUUGCAUCCUGACUCAUUACUGAUUAUUUUCGAAAUUUGUCAUUUGUAUUCUUUAUUCUCCAGGAUUUCCCAGCCUGCCAAGGGUGCUUGCUUCCGAAGAAAGGAUGCGUCUCCCACUGCUCUCAGCCUGCAGUACCAGGGAGCCGUCCAGGGAGGCUGCCACCGGGCUGCGGGGACAGCAGAGGAAGGCAGAAACAUCGCCGGCGGGCAGAGACCUCUCAGACCCCAGGACCUGCGUCCCCGGCCCAGAAGAAAGGACCUUGCCGAAACAUGAGCUCACAGGUGGUGACUCACCCUUUGCCAAUGGGACCAAGGCUUUAACUCGAGACUGUACCCUGAGACGUGGGGUCGUGCAAAGCUGUCCCGACGCCCACCCCACGCCCACCCAGCCUGCUUCAUCACACCCACAUCCACCACCACCAUGCGAUUUGAGGUCCCAGACUCACAUUCAACUGGACUACUGCAUGAAAUGACAAACGAAUAAACACACAAUGUAAACCAAGAUCCACCCCUAGGCGGACGCAGUUCCACCCCUUCUGGGCCCACCUCCAAGCCCGGCCCACACCCCGCCAAAGGCCGGACAGCUAGAGGGGCUGGAGCGGACUGGAGGCUCUGGGUGUUCCACCACCCCCGAGGUGGAGGCUGGGACCUGCCAGGAAAGACGGGCGGGGGACAGUCCUUCUGGCUGGACCACUGGGAGGGGAAAUGACCCCAACCAGCUGCACACCCUCGAAACUGGGCCUGAAGGGGGUGCUGAGGCCUGGUGGUCGCUGGUGGAGGUGUUGCAGCGGUCACCUGGGGGCCAGAGGCAACCCCUCUCAACCCCCUUUGCCUAGUAGUCACCCCCUUUGUCCUACCCACUCUCCUGCUGGACCCCUGGGGGCAGGCAUCCCCUGCUGCAAAUCUAGAUCUGGGACCCACACCCUGCCAGCCUGCUCCUCACAAGUGCUCAGCGGGGCAUGAUCAAAGAAAUAAAGGCAAGAAGGAAAAAAGAAAAGGCCUGGGGGAACAUGCAGGCAGGAAGUGGUGUGAAACCCACCUAGCUACCAGACACCCAGGCUAAGCUGGUGGUGUCAUGGGGGCGCUGGUUCUAGCCCUGGGGGCUCUGCUGGUGUCUUUGGACCCUGCUGGUGGAGCCAGAGAGCCAGGUAAGGAUGGCCCUCUCGGCUGCGGGGGCUCCUGGGGGCGGUGGGCACAUCCCGCGGCGACAGCUCUUAGCUGGGUGGGUGCGCAGCGCACUCCUCCGCGGGGCCGGUGCUGCCCCACAGGGAAGAACCUGAGCUGCUACCAGUGCUUCAAAGUCAGGAGCCCGGAGUUUUGCUUGCCUGCCAUGUGCUCCUCCACUGACCAGGUCUGCGUCUCCCACACGUUGAUCAUCACCCUGAGACUACAGGUGAAGACCCUGCUCAGCAAGCGCUGUGCCCCCAGGUGCCCCAACACCAACAUAGAGCUCAAAUGGCCGUCGAACUCGGGGGUGCCCAGCAAGAUCGUCCGGCACUGCUGCUCCGGAUCUCUCUGCAACAGGGCCCCCGCCCCGCAGGAGGGCCCCAGGGCCCUCUCACGGGGGCUCCUGCUUCGGGUGGGCCUCAGCCUCCUCUGGGUCCUGCUGUGAGCACCUUCCCUCGGCCAAAAGCGCACCCUGCCCCUGUUGCUCUCGAGACCCUGGAUGGCACAUGCCCCCGAGGCUGUCGGAGGUGCCAUCACCUCACCGUGGGCCUGGCCACCUCUCCUGUCCUCACGCAGCCUGGGAUUGUAGCCCCCGCUGUGUUGGGAAAUGCACAUUUCUCAGCUUGGAGUAACAGCCCCUGCCCUGAAUGGAUGGUCCAGGCCCCGGUGUUGUGGGAAAAGAGGCGGGGAAAGCCAGAGGGUGGCUCUGGCUCUGCCUCUGGCUCUGACCCGCUCUGCGUUCUCCACGCCCACCAUCCUGGCCACCUCUGUCCCUGGCUUAGGCAGAGUCCUGCAGGGGGACCGUGACCGUCACUCCUUCCAGAGACAAUAAAGUCACUGCUUGCCCAUACCCCCUUCUGCCUUCUCCUCAUCUCUACCUGCUGUGCCCAGACUCCAGCUCUUUGGCCAGUGCUCAGCAGACCUCUGUGGUCGGGCGCUAUCCAGUGUGGGAGCACUGCGCAAAACUGUCCA